ACAGAUAAAUAAGCUGGUGCCACAGGCACGUGGGAUCGUUUAUUGGAGUGUUGUGUUUCCUUGCGGUGUGGAGUGCUGACACAUAGUAUUUGUGAAUAGAGGAAAAAUGUCUAAUAAAAGGCAGAAAAUGUCUGCCAAUACUGACGAAAAGGAUGAAGUACCACAAACGGUACAAGCACGGUUUAUUUCGGAAAUUGGAGAAGAGGUUGGAGUGCCGAUGCACGUCCCCUCCGAUGUGACCGCUGAGCAGCUGGGAUUAAUUCUGAAUGCUGUUCUAGAAAACGAAGAAAAGAUUCCUUACUUGUUUUUCGCUGACGAUAAAGAAAUCAAGGUUUCUUUAAGUAAAACCAUCGACCUGAAACUUGCGGAUACCGAAAACGUUUUCGACAUUGUUUAUCAACCACAAGCAAUUUUCAAAGUUCGUCCAGUGACAAGAUGCUCCAGUUCUAUGCCGGGACAUGCAGAGGCAGUGGUGUCGAUCGGGUUUAGCCCAAACAGCCUGCAUUUAGCCAGUGGUUCAGGUGACACUACAGUCAGGUUAUGGGAUUUGAAUACAGAAACGCCACUCUUCACCUGCACGGGGCACAAACAAUGGGUGCUUUGCGUCGUUUGGUCACCUGACAGCAAAAAGUUAGCUAGUGCAUGUAAAGCCGGAGUUAUUAUCAUCUGGGAUCCAGAAACGGGCAAGCAGAAAGGGCGAUCACUUACAGGACACAAGAAGUGGAUUCACGGCUUGAGUUGGGAGCCCUAUCAUCAGAACCCGGAGUGUAGACGACUGGCAAGCGCUGGGAGCGAUGGGGAUAUUCGCAUUUGGGAUACAGUGUUGGGACAGUGUCAAUUAGUUCUUUCAAGUCACGCAGCUGCAGUUACCGCCGUACGGUGGGGCGGUUCAGGUCUUAUCUACAGUGGCUCAAAAGAUAGAACGAUAAAAGUAUGGCGAGGAAAAGAUGGUGCACUCUGUCGAACAAUGACUGGCCACGCACAUUGGGUAAAUUCACUGGCAUUAAACACAGAUUAUGUUCUGCGCACUGGACCGUUCCAUCCGGUACACGAUAGAGACAAGAAGUAUGCCCAAAUAGCUGAAAGUGAGAUGAAGAAAAUGGCUCUGGAGCGCUACACACAAGUUUGUCCCAACGGAGUAGAAUCUCUGGUAUCAUGUUCAGAUGAUUUUACGUUAUACUUGUGGAAAUCAGACCAAACCAAAUGUAUUGCUCGUCUAACAGGGCAUCAGAAUGUUGUUAAUGAUGUCAAAUAUUCGCCUGACGUGAAGAUAAUCGCAUCUGCUUCAUUUGAUAAAUCUGUAAAAUUGUGGCGAGCUAGCGACGGACAAUUCAUCUGCACUUUUCGAGGGCACGUUCAAGCUGUUUAUACAGUAGCUUGGUCGGCAGAUUCAAGAUUAUUAGUAAGUGGAAGUAAAGAUUCAACUUUGAAGGUGUGGAGUGUUCAAACAAAAAAGUUAUGUCAAGAGCUGCCAGGACAUGCUGACGAGGUUUUCGGUGUAGAUUGGGCUCCGGAUGGUUCACGAGUGGCAUCAGCCGGGAAAGAUAAAGUCGUUAAAUUAUGGCAGUAUUAAGCUAUAAUAUUCCGUAUUUGUAUUCUCGUCUGGAUAAAAUUUGUUAUUUUUGAUAAUAAGA